AUGUCUACCAACUUGAAGCUCUCCUCUCACCUACACGCAUUCUCUACCAAUAUGAUCAUAAUCUCAAAUGACCCUACUUGGUGGUCUGCUAUCAAUGCAUUUCGUUUCUCCAGCUAUUUUACAGUUGCUGCCUCUGUUGGAAUGACAUAUGAUUGGGCACUCACAUUUGGACAAGAGAGGCAACGCUGGUCGCUAAUGACAGUUCUGUAUCUCAGUGUGCGCUACCUUGGAAUUUUUCAUGCUGUCCUGGCCAUCCUGAGCUGGAUUGUGUACAUUGUAUGGAGUUGGACGGGUGUUGUGGUAUUUGCGAUGCUGUGGGUCAUCAUCAUCAUUCGGCUGCAUGCGAUGUAUCAACAAUCCAGAAAGAUCUUGAUAUUUCUCAUUGUCACCUUUCUGGCCGUCAACAUUGUCGACGCAGUGAUAAUCGUAAUGGCAACGAUGCACACUUCAGGGGAGGAACUCAUUCUCUCCGGCACCUAUCAGUGCUCGAUUGUCUACGUGGGAGAUAUUCUAGUCCUAGAUUCUGUUGCUUGGAUACUCACCACUGUGUGGGAGGUCCUCACGCUGUGUUUCGCAGUCUGGAUUGCAGUAAAACACUUCCGUGAACUGCGACAACAUUCUGCAGGAGGGAUUAUUGGGGAUUGUUUCACGGUGUUGAUGAAAACUCACGUGUUUUAUUUUGCGAGCUUUGCUGCUGUUUCUUGCUUCCAGGUCAUUGUUAAUCUAUCUCCAACAUUCUUAACAGACCCAAAUUCCCUAGAAAGUCAGACUUUUAUUGGCUUGAUUCAGAUUUUGGACGUUGUGCAGAUGUUUGUGCUGGGACCACGCCUGAUCCUUGGCGUUCGAGAAUAUCACGCUAAGCUCAUGGCCGACUCCGACGCAGCACCUGACAUAGUUUCAGCCGUUUUCCAGCAGCGCGCCAUAAAAUCGAGACCACGAAAGGAACCCUACCGACAGACAGACAAGUUCUGUGACAUCGACAGAGACCUUCUUCGUGCUAUUACAACAGGAGUCAAAUCAGCUACUGACUCGGAUGGCAUGACAUUGCCUUCUGUGGACACCGGAUACGACAGUGACUUGGAGGACUUGUUAGAUAAUGUUGAGGAUGGCCUCAUAGAUGCUCACAAAAAUGAUGAAGUACCAGAAGAUAAUAUUCUACAGGUGGAUGAAGAUAUUGACCUCGGCUCUCCUUUACUGCGUAAUUUGAUCUCUAUGGUACCCGUCGUUGGCUCACAUAACGUUCAGGUGGCCCAGGGCAAUGCCCCGGCAUUGAAAAAGAGCACAGUUGACUGCAAAAUCAUUAUUCACGCUGUUGAUAAAUAA